ACAAUGCUCUUCCGGUUUGUCGCAUUCUUUGGCGACGACCGUUCUUUUACUGGCUGGAUAUUACUAGCCAGCGCGGUCAGCCUUGUAUUCAUGAUGGCUUAGAGCUGGGGCAUUUCUCGGCCUGUUGCUUUAAUAUACCAUUUCUUCGCUUACUGUUAGGCAUAAAGCUGUUUACUAAAAUGCAGAAGUAAAUGUCCAAAAGUUGGCAUUUUCCACAUGUUGCACAACAUCAUCUCUGAGAGUUCUGCUGGGCGGAGUUUAAAUAGUUACGAAAUGUCUGCAAGUCAUACGAAUGGGAUUGUUGGAGAUCCAGCAUAUAAAGACAAAGACUCCUCAGAUCAUACUCACGGAUUUUGCGCUAGUUUUCUUACUUUUCUUUCGUGGAUACUCGUGGUAUUGACAUUUCCUUUCUCCCUGUGCGUGUGUUUCAAAGUUGUUCAGGAAUAUGAACGAGCCGUCAUUUUCCGUCUUGGUCGAUUACUGCACGGUGGUUCAAAAGGACCCGGCAUUUUUUUCGUCCUUCCAUGCAUAGAAGAAUACACGAAGAUUGAUAUGAGGAGCACUUUAUUUGAGAUUCCUCCACAGGAGAUUCUAACCAGAGACUCGGUUACGGUUUCCGUUGAUGCGGUGGUCUAUUACCGAAUUUCGGAUGCUACGUUGUCGGUGGCAAAUGUGGAAAACGUGCAUCACUCCACAAGGCUUUUAGCGCAGACCACUUUAAGGAAUGUUCUUGGGACGAAAGAUCUGCAUGGGCUGCUGUCCGAUCGCGAAAUAAUUAGCAGCAUGAUCCAAAACAGCCUGCUGGAAUCCACAGAUGCGUGGGGCAUAAAAGUGGAACGGGUUGAAAUCAAGGAUGUACGGCUACCUGUUCAGCUACAGCGAGCGAUGGCAGCGGAAGCAGAAGCCGCUCGUGAAGCGAGAGCGAUGGUUAUCGCGGCAGAAGGUGAGCAGAAAGCCAGCCGCGCACUGAAGGAAGCAGCGGAUGUGAUCGGGGAAUCACCUGGUGCAAUGCAACUCCGAUAUCUGCAGACGCUAAAUAUGAUCUCCGCAGAGAAGAAUUCCACCAUUGUAUUUCCUAUCCCUCUUGACAUGAUCAGCACCUUAAUGAAGACACAUUUAUGAAUUAUUAGCGAAAAAUUGUCGGUGUUAAUAAGUACUAGUACCGCUUUCUUGUACCGUGUACGAAUGAUCUAUCGUUCCCAUUUAUGCCGAUUUAUACCUACAGAGUAUGUACAUAUUACAUGCGUGCAUUUAUGCAUGUUGCUGCUUCUAACGUUAAUAGUUAGAUUGUUUGUGCGAAAUACAAAUGUACGUUUAAAACAGCUUUGUUGCA